CUCAUCAGCAAUUCUGAAAUUACAAAUCGCUACAAAGCUACGAACAGUUUUGCUGCGGAUGGGUGCAGGACCUGCACAUUAUGACCGUAUCAAACGGCAACUCCAACGUUCUUGCAAAAGUAGGCUAUGUGUGUUUACUAUUUUCAUUGCCAUGAACCUGAACGCACCCCAAGUCUUGCAUGACAAAUAAACAGAGCAGAGUACUCGCUACGGCUGGUAGUUUCUUCAAUUUGUUCAAAGUAACGCACCGCUUUUGACCGUCAGUAACAGUAACGGCGUUGUAACGGCGGAAAAAAUAGUUAGAUUACCCAGUUACUGAAAAAAAAUAAUGCCGUUACGUAACAACGUUAUUUAUAACGGCGUUAUUCCCAACACUGGAAAUAACUUGUUUUUCUCUAGUUGUAUCGGAGAAUAUUUUGGAUUUAUUUCCUGACCCGUAAUUGUUGUCGUCGUGAGCCUUACAUCACAAAUCGUAUCGGAGGUAUCCAGAGAUUCCCACUACUAGUUGGGAACUUUUCCAUCCCCAAAAGAGGGAAAUUAUUGCAUUCCACAUACACACAGUGCAUAAAACACAAUUCAUUGGAAACAGGCAAACAACAACAAAACAUUUAGUUCAUAUUUAGUUUAUAAAGCAAGCCGUAUUUGUUGCUUGUUCAGAAUCGCCAGCCUUUGCUUGCAUUUUCUCUGUCCCCAGUAGACUCUUCGGUAUGUUUUGCAUAAUAUACUGUGAUGAGGAGGGGGGCAGGCUUUAACUUUCCUCCCUAAAUAAACAGAUAGAGGCUAGUGAAGUAGGCUGCAGGGAUAAGCAAGAAGAAAACAUAAAGAAUUGUCUCUCUCACACUGUAUAUACACAGAAGAAGGAUCGGCUUGACAAUUUCUUUUCUUUAGCGGACAAAGGCAGCUGCCAAGACUUGAUCAAGGUGCAGCGCGAUGUUUGGUAUCCUCCUCAGCCUUUCCUUUGUUUACCUGGUGACGCAGGCGGCCCCUCCCAACACAGCGCCAGCCCCCUGCAGACGCUGCUGUGAUGACAUGGAACCAUCAGAGGGGAGUGGUGCCCAGCCCCCGACCGGAGGGUACAACCAGGUGCCAGAGGUCCGUACCUACAUCAACAUGACCAUUCUUAAAGGUGACAAAGGAGACCGCGGAGAAAGAGGGACGCCAGGUAAAAUUGGACAGGAAGGCCCUCCGGGAUUAAUCGGGCCCAUGGGCCCAAAAGGCUCAAAGGGCCAGGCGGGUCUCCCAGGAGACCCCUGCAAAGUGCAGUACGCUGCUUUUUCCGUCGGUCGUCGCAAAUCCCUCCACAGCUUGGAGGCCUACCAACCACUGAUAUUCGACACAGUUUUCGUAAACCUCGACAAUGACUUCAACAUGUUCAGCGGGAAAUUCAUCUGCCACACGCCCGGGAUCUAUUUCUUCAACAUCAACAUUCACACAUGGAACUUUAAGGAGACCUACCUUCACAUCAUGCGCAAUGAAGCUGAGCAGGCGAUAGUAUACGCACAACCCAGCGACCGCUCCAUCAUGCAGAGCCAGAGUCUCAUGCUGGACUUGGCCCUCAAUGACGAGGUGUGGGUCCGCCUGUAUAAGCGGGAAAGGGAGAAUGCAAUUUAUAGCGAUGAUGUGGAUAUUUAUAUCACUUUCAAUGGAUACCUCAUCAAAGCAAGCACAGAGUAGACAUAUGGUAUGGAGGGGGAAAAAAACAUUGUAUUCUAAAAACAACAUUGUAUUCUGAAAUUAUAACUUUUUACCUUAACCAUCUGCAGUUAAUGCUGGCAAUUUGUGUUCACCGGGCUUCCUAUAAAAAGUGUGUAGAAAUGUAUUAAUGAAAAACUAUUGAGCCACCGGCUUCAUGUAGUGAGUCAAUAUCGUCACUAGAGGGCAAUAACCUCUUAAUUCUCCUAACUAAAACAGGGCCAACUACUAGUCCUUCUC